AUGCUGGUAGGCGAAGAGACGGCUACGUCUGCCGCCGCUCCUGGUCUCACGUUCGGGAGAGAGACCACGUGCCUUACGAGGGCUCCGGUAGUAGCUCUGGCGCGGAGGCUCAAUGACAACAGGAAUCCCAAUUACAUGAACGUGCGCUACGCACAGUGCAAAGAGCGCCCUUUCUUAGUCGUCGGAUUGAGAGCGCAAGUUAACAUUAGCACCAGCGCCUACUGGAAGACGCUGACAGGCAACAGCGCCGCCAUCAUUGUUGAGAGAUUAAGAGCGCAGGCCUUCAUCAGCGCCAGCGCACACUAG